UGUCACCAAGUUAAAACGAUCGAAAAUAAUAGCACAGUCUCAUUCGAAUUGUCUGUGCUCUAAACCCUUGUCUCAAGUCGCGGAAAGUAUCAGUCGUGAAUUAGUUUUACGCGUGCCGUGUUCAAAGUGUGUCGUUGAUAUUUGAUUUCGGUAUUUGGUGGUGUUUGUUUCAAAAUGGCGUUCAAUGGUGAUGGUCCUCAUUCUAAAAGACAACGUACGGAAACCGAUAUAGCAAAUAAUAGAAGUGGUGGCGGGUACAGUUCGGGUACGGAAGAACCCAGACGUAAAAGACCCGAUGACACUAAACCAAAUCACGUUUUGCUGUUCACAAUAAUCAAUCCCAUGUACCCGAUCACAGUGGAUGUCAUCCACACAAUCUGUCAGUCGAGUGGACAAGUCUUACGGAUAGUGAUCUUCAAAAAGAAUGGUGUACAAGCUAUGGUUGAAUUCGACGGUGUCGAUUCAGCUAUGAGGGCCAAAGAAUCUUUGAAUGGAGCGGAUAUUUAUUCCGGUUGCUGCACAUUGAAGAUUGAUUUUGCUAAGCCCGAUAAACUAAACGUUCACAAGAAUGACUCGGAAAGUUGGGAUUAUACUCUACAAUUAGUGAAAGAAACUCCGAAUAAUGGGCGACCACAACCUUUACUACAAGAACCUCAUUUCGGAUCUCGGCCGCAACCAUAUAAUGCUUAUCCAAGUGAACAAGCACGUCCAUUUGACGAAAUCUGUCCCGGAUACGGGGAUACUUUUCCAACGGAUGCAUUUCGAAAGGGUACUAAUCCUGCUGCAAUUACAGCAGAUCAACGAAAUACUCAGUUUCAACAACCGGGCGCUGUACUAAUGGUUUACGGUUUAGAUCCGUUGCGCACGAAUGCCGAUAAAUUAUUUAACUUGAUGUGUCUGUAUGGAAACGUUGCAAGGAUUAAAUUUUUGAAAUCGAAGGAAGGUACUGCUAUGGUACAAAUGGGCGACAGCGUUGCAGUUGAAAGAUGUGUUCAGAAUUUGAAUAACGUAACCAUUGGAAUCACAGGAGCUAUUCCACUUACUCACCGUGCAAACGUAGAUGCAAUGCAAGAAGACGCUGAACAUCCCAGAGAACAUAAAUUGCAAUUGGCCUUCAGCAAACAACCAUAUCUGAGUGAAGUUACAAAUCCAUAUCCGUUACCAGACAAAUCUCCUUCGUACAAAUUAUAUAUUAACAAUAAGAACAACAGAUUCAUGAAUCCUGCUAUGGCGAGCAAAAAUAGGAUACAGCCACCCAGCAAGAUCCUCCAUUUUUUCAAUACACCUCCACAAGUUACAGAAGAAGCACUGUUCCAAGUUUUCAAAGAUUACGAUGUGGAACCGCCAAAAGCUGUAAAAUUAUUCCCAAUGAAGUCAGAACGUUCCAGUUCCGGACUAUUAGAAUUCGAAAACACAACUGAGGCUGUAGCAGCUGUUAUGGCAUGUAAUCAUGCAGCUAUUGAAAGUCCAGGAAUGAAGUUCCCCUUCAUAAUGAAACUGUGCUUCUCGUCAUCACGUAGCAUGUCUAUUAAAAACGGCGAUAAUUCUGAUCCGUCUGCAGAAAAACAGGAUUAAUUAAUUAUGCAUAUAAAUUUUAGCCAGUACAUAUCCUUUCCAUACUUUGUUAAAAAGAAUUGAUUAAUAUUAAGUUUAGUAUUUAUGUUUUUUGUUAUUUGUUUAUAAUAGAAAAUCUCAUUGACCAAUGUCAUUUUUAAAGUUAUUAUUUUUUACUCUAAAAUAACUGUGGAUUUUGUAUUAUGUGUGUACCAGGAAAAUAGUCUUCUUUAUAGUAAAAUCGAUAUCCAAUAUCGAACGAUACAAGUAUUAUUUAAAAUGGGCUAUUUCAUGGUACAAACAAAUAACUCCACGGAAUAUUUUAUGUUAUUGAAAUGUUUCCUUUAAUAUUAAGAUUUCUUAUAUUUAGUAUUGACAUAUCCUAAUUACAUAUAAAUAUAGAAAAAAAUAAUACGAUUUGAAUUGUGUUAUUUACGUUGGAUCAAAAUGAGGAAACCGCCAGAUUUCUAGAUACUACAAUGAUUGAAGAUUAUCAGCAGUGAUGAAACGUCGUUUAUGGAUGAAAAUCUCUCACACAAUUCCUUCAGUUAUUUGUCAAAUAUAACUAAUUACAAGUUAUUAGUUGUUUUAUAAAAAUGAAUGAAUUACUUCAGAAAAAAGUUACUCGGUUACUUUUAAAAAGUAUUAUAGUUACUGAGUUAUAGCUCACGAAGCGUGGAACAAAAAAAACGAUAUGAAAUUUGAAGAGCUGUUUAAGUACAUAGAGUCUGACAAAAUUCCACUAUUAGAAAAUGUAACUUUUCUUUUGAAAAAAUAAAAAACAUGUCAGUUUAACGAUGACUUAUAAUGACCAACAAUUCCAUUAAAGGUAAAAAAAAUUUUUUUUCAUAGUAAAUUGUUGACUGACAAAACUUUAAGGUACUAGCUUUGUCCGACACAUUAAACAUUUUAUUUUUCAUGCAUUUCUAUCGAAUCGCUUAUUUAAAACCUACAGUAACAUUAUCUGACAAAAUUAAUAAGAAGUUAUUGUAUCUGACACUGCAAACAUGUCGAUUAAAUUAUGAAAUAAUGUAAUGACAAGCAAUUCCAAUUUAGGCUGAAAUGGAAGAUUUUUUAGUAAAUACAAAAAAAUAGUUGUCCAACAAAACUUUUAGGUACUAGGUUUGUCCGACACGCAAAGCAUGUUGAUUUUACAAUAGUUUUCAAAGCAUUCGUUAUUUAAAAUAUAUAGUCUCAUUGUCUGACAAAAUUAAUAGGGGGUUCUAGUUGUUCGAUACUGCAAACACGUCAGUUCAACCAUAUAUGGUGACUACCAGCUGUCUAAGUAUGUAUAAAUUUCCGAUAAUUCCAAACAAUAUCCGUUCUUCUCUGUUCCUUGUGAUCUAGAUGCCAAGCUUAUACGUUAAAAACAAUUUUUUAACGAAUGAUUAGAUGAAUACAUAUUCUUAAAUGUUCAAGGGUCCUGUAACUGUACAUUUUAUACUAAAUAAAGUUACUAAAAUUUAUUCAUAUCAUCUUUUUUAUCGUAUAGCUUAUUUAAAACCUGCAUAAGCUUAUAAUAACAUUGUCUGACAAGAUCGAUAGGUAUUUGAAGUAGUUUCGACACUGCUAACAUGUCGAUUUUACUAUAAUUUUAUCGUAUUGGUUAUCCAAAUCCUAUAGGAAUAUUUCUGACAACAUUAAUAGUGAAUUCUAGUUGUCCGACAGUGCAAACACGUCGAUUUUACUAUAAUUUUAUCGUAUUGGUUAUUCAAAUCCUAUAGGAAUAUUUUCCGACAUUAAUAGUGAAUUCUAGUUGUCCGACAUUGCAAACACGUCGAUUUAACGGUAUUCGGUGAUUACAAACUGUCUCCAUAUAAAUUUUCGAUCAUUCCAACCAAUAUCUGUUCUCUUCUGUUCCUUGAGAUCUAGAUGACAACCUUUUACGCCAAAAAACAUUUUUUCAACAAAUUAUUAGAUGAAAUCAUAUUCUUUAAUGUGUCCAGUUUACUCUUUAAAAAUAUCAAAAAUUUAGUUCACAGUUUAGUAACAUUGUCUGAUAAAAUUAAUAGAGAGUUCUAGUAGUUUGACACCGCAAACAUGUCGAUUCCACAAGAAUGUUUAUCGUUUAGUUUAUUUAAAAUCUUUAACAACAUUGUUCGACAAAAUUAAUAGGAAGUAUUGUUGGUCGAUUUAACGAAGACAUAUAAAGCAAUGGCCAACAAUUCAAAUUUGGGUUCAGUUGAAACAUUGUUUCAUGGUAAAUUUUUGUCUGACGAAACAUUUAGGUACUAGGUUUGUCCGACACGCUUAACAUGUUGAUUUUACACUAGUUUUCAUUGUAUUGGUUUUUAAAGUCUAUAGUAAUAUUGUCCGACAAAAUUAAAAGAGGAUUCUAUUGUUCGAUUAUGCUAAUAUAUUGAUUGAACUGUAUUUGGCGACUACUAGCUGUCUAUAUAUAAAUUUUCGAUUAUUCCGAAUAAUAUUCAUUCUUUUCUGUUCCUUGUGGUUUAGAUGCCAAGCUUAUAUAUUAAAAAAUAUUUUUUUAACAAAUUAUUGGAUAAAUACAUGUUCUUAAACGUUCGAGUGUCCAGUAACUGUUUCAUAUAGCUUAUUUAAAACCUGCAUAAGCUUAUAAUAACAUUGCCGGAGAAGAUCGUUAGGGAUUUGAAGUAGUCUGACAAUGCAAACAUAUCGAUUCUACAAUUAUUUCAUUGUAUCGGUUAUUUUAUGCCUAUAGUACAUUGCCCUACAAAUUGUUUACUCGUUUCUAAAAGCUUUGAUGGAAUUCCCCGUUUAUUCUUUGUAAUUCAUCUAAUUUGUUAUAAACUGAAAAGUCAUCUAGAAAUCGACCGUUUCAUAACAUUUUUCCAACAUAAAAUGUGAAAAAUUAUAGCGCAAUUUGAGAUUUUACUUGCAACGAUUAGUGUUACGAUUUUCAAAUCUUAAGCUUUUGAUUAGAUUUGUAAUUCAGCAAAGCAAUGAUAUUUUGACAAAUACUGUUAUUUAUUCAGGGCGAUCAUUUUUUUUAUUAAUUAGGAAUGUCGUGAGACCCUUUAAAAUAAAAUGCUGAUAUUUGUUCUUCGAAGAAUUUUCUUUUAACUCAAUCAAGGGUUGGUAUAACAUUGCUGAGUAAAUAUGCAGUUUUAUAAUAGCACUAAAACACAAAGCAUGGUAUCUACAUAAAAAUAUCUAUUUUUGAAAAUGCACUAUAAAUAAACAAAAUUGAAAAGGCGUUUAAAGAUUGGAAGCCAAUAGAGAACUAAGAUUAAGAAAAAAAUGCCAAAAUUUAUUUUUAACAUUUUAACAUGUUCAAAGUGGAGAGAAAGUAUCCUAAGUAUCCACAUGGGGUUAUUCAACCUCUUAUUAUUUUUAUAUUUCAAACAAGUCCAGCCCUACAGUAUCAAGCAUUCAAUUUAUUCAUCUAAAAGUUCACUAAAUUGUACCAAUGAAUAAAUUUGGAUAGUUUAAAUAACUUUUAUAUUGAAAUUUUAUUUAUCCACAUUUUUUUAACCUAAACAUAUUUCUUUACAACUUGAAAAAUAAUGUUUGGGAAAAACAAUUAAUAAUACAACAAUAAAAAAAGUAAUAAUUGGAAUUUUUAUAAAAAUAUAAGCAAUAAUAAAAAAAUAAUAACUAAAGUGUACCCAUACCCCUGCUAAACUUUUUCUCGUUGCUUCUUCGAGGACAUAGUUUUCGUAGCACCUUGAAAUUUUUUCCUCUUUUUCAAACGUCGUGAGAUGUAUAUUCAGGUAUCCUGCGGCGUUUCAACACUACUUGAUCUACUCCAUGUUCUACAGAUAUGGUUAAUAUUUCCUCGUACAAAGAUAAUUAACUCUAUUAUAACUUCCCUAAAUUACGCCCUAUUGUCAAAAUUGAGUAAUGUGAGGAGAUUUGGUCAUUAAAGACUACUCUUAUUUUGAUAAAUAUUCAGGUAUCUCUAUUGGACUAACCACUUCUGUCAAUCAUUUUGAGGUUAGGACAAUUAUUAAUUCUUUCUUGAAUUCUUUGCUCAUUAUAUCUUCUAGUUGUUACUUCUAUGAUUAGUUUUAAUACCUUGUUUCGUUGUUUGUCAAAAUUUCAGCAAUUUCCAAGUUAGAAUUAAAACUAUUUCUUUACAGAGUUGCUCCCUGUCUCAAUAACCUUCCAUGAAGUUCAUUUCUCCUUAUUUCUCUGCAACUUACUUUCAAUGUUAUCCCCUUUACUGCAAUAAUUCUGUGAAUUGUAAAUGUAACCAGCAUCUCUACAGAACUUGAGUAGUUUUACUUCAUAUUUGUAGCCCUUGUUUGUUAUCAAUUGACUAUAAAAAACCUACUUGUGAGGUAUUGCUUGAUAAACCAAUUUUUCACCUUACCUUCCUUUACCAAUUGACACUACAGCUCGGUAUGAGCCUUGGCCUUCUCGAUGAUUCGUCUCCAAACUGAUCAGUUCUUCACCAUUCGCUCACAUUCAUUGUUUGUAAGUCCCCGUGAACUUGAUCAGUCCAUCUUAUUCAAGAUCUGCCGCUUUUUCUACUGCUGUAUAUUUUGGCAUUCAUGAUUCUUUGGCAUCCCUUUGUCCUCCGUGCUUUAAAUAUGGCCAAACUAUCAACGUCUUCAUUGCCUAGCAUUUAAUCGAUUUCUCUAUUAUUUCGGAUUCUCCAGUCUGCUUCAUUGAUUUUAGUUUGUCUAUAUAUACUUCCGAUAAUUUUUCUCUGGAAUUUUCUUAAUUUUUCUUGGCCUUUUUUGUCAUCACAUAACAUUCAGUGCCACGAUUGGUCUUAUUAGAUUCCUGUAGAUUUUUAACUUCAUUCUUCUUAUUAUUAGUUUGCUUUUCAGGAGCUUCAGGUUCUCUAUUACCACUUGUAUUCUUUCUUGUAUGGCAGUGCUUGGUUUGGCUUUGUUGAUUAUCAUAUUGAGUAGCUUGAAUAGUUCAAACAAUUUCCUCACAUUCUUUGGAGUACCAGAAAACUCAUGGUGUUUAUUAGAAAGUAAAGACAACCAUUUGGGGUAAAAUUCACCUCAUUCAGAUAGUCAGUGUUUAUUAGAUUUGGUUGAAAUUCAUCUGAUUUAUUUCCAUUAUUGUUAUCAGGACUACAUUCACUUCCACUCAUGGAUGGUUGUGGAAGAGAUAAAAGCAUAUUUUCAUCACAAAGUGCUAGUAACAUUGUUAAAAAAUUUACAGGAAGGCCAAGAAGGGAAGCAACAAAAAGCCACAACAGAGAAGAGAGGAAAAUGAGUGACUGGUCAUAUUUCGAAAAUAUCGCAACCCUAGAGAACCUCAGUGCAGUCAGAAGUCACUAAAACGUUGUUUAUAUUUUAUAGAAGUUAUCAUACGGCUUGCAAUCUUUGAAAGGCCGAAAACUGUAAGUCUACAUGUGACAUGCUCAGCUUUAAUGGGAAAUUAGAUAAGGACCGUGUUAAUGAAGACCAUUAGUUAUUAAAGUGAAUCGUAGUAAGCAAUAAAAUAUACUGAUAAAAAUAGUUUCUUCCAAUAUAUGAAAUUACAUAUCAAUCAGUACCUUGUAAACUUAAAAAUGUUUUAAAAGUACCAAUUGUAGUAAUUAUGGUGCUUUUGUUUCAAAUUAAAUAAUUAAAUUUAAUAAUUUUUUGUUCUUGGUUAUUGAUAAAGACAUGCACUUUUUUCUUGAAGUAUAUAGUUAUUGGAAGAAUAUAAUUAUUAUUUUGUUAUAAUUUACGUAAUUUACAGUAUUCAAAGUGCCAAUUUCUCUUACAAUCUUAUUCACCUACUUAAUAAUGUAAACUAUUUCUGGUGACAAAAAAGUUGAUUAUUUUAUUUGAAGUUGCCAUUAUUAACUCUAAUUUUGAAUGAUCCAUCAGAGGUUGUCCGUAGGCAGACUAAUUUUUAAUCAUAUCCCUAAUUGGUUCUUUGUUUUGUCAGUGGUGGGAGAAGCAUCUGAAAAUUUCUCCAUCAUAUUUCUGAUAAAAACCUACCCGUUUGCAAGUAUGUAUGUUUAUAAACUUUCGGUUGUCAUUUAUUCUAUGGCCCAGAAGAUCUCUUUUGUAACAAUUUCUUGCUUAGUGUUUCUAACUGACUCCUUUUUACAUGUGGUAUGGCUCUAGCUUUAAAAAAUCUUCAUUUUAUACGCUCACAAGUGUGUAGUGCAACAGACUUCUGUAAUCUUCGACACUUCAAUAACAUGUGGUUAGAGGUUUCAUUAUCUACGUAGCAGAAUCUACACCCUUCAUCUUCUACUAAACCUAGAUAUAUUAACCUUGAUAAUAUUCGUGAAUUAUUAUUACUUUGAUUGAUACCUAUUAAUAGAUCAUCUUUGGAUAUAGACCUCUAAGAGUCUCCCCCGUAGGUUAUCCCAGAAACUUAUUUUGAGCUUAGUAUUCUCUGUAUUGUCCUGUAAUCAAUCCCACAAAAGGAUUCAGGUCAUCAUUUGUCCCAAGUUUGUCUGCUAUUUCACCUCCCUCUACUCCAAUCUGUCCCGGGAUCCAGUGGGGGAUAAUUUUUUUUUUUCAUAGCUCAUUUAAUUUGCUCAGACAUUCCCAAACCAGUUUAAAUCAGCCAGUCACGUCCACAGCUUGUAACUGUUAUCCAACUGGAAACCAUCCUCUUAGUAUAGUCAGCAUAUCAGUGGGCGUCCUUUACUUCUAAAGGCAUCUUCUCUCAGUAUUUUUUAUAAAAAUUGACUGCUUGUAUUGUUUUCAAUUAUUCGUGCGUCAUUUCUUUUGAAAAAUGAUCAGUUUGUAACAAUUCCACUUCUUAUUAUUAAAAUGAAUACUUUGCAAUAAAUAUUUUAAUUUGGCAUAUUUAGUUUUUCACUGUUCACAAUCCUUAGCCGCGUGGUUAUUUAUAAAAAAACUUAUAUAACUGCCCAAUAGAGUGCAAACUAUUCAUCUAUCGCGCUCGAGUGGAUCCCAAAAUUUGUACUGAGAUUUCAUUACUAAGAAAAAAUAUUUUUCUUGAAAUAUACACUCAUCAAUAUCCAAAUUUGUUAAUGGUGAUAUCGGCAAAUAUUAAAUGAAAUGAAUGACGGAUUUAUUUACAAGAAAAAGUGCAUGUAAAGCAUAUUUCAGCAAUGUCCCACUUUAUAUAUCAGUUGCAGCACUAUAUUUUUAAGGGUAGAUAUGUGUGAGUGUGUAAGUUUGAGAAGUUUUUUAAUAAGCGAUUUUCAAAGUCAAUAUUUUAUAAUGAAAUAAAAUAUCAAUACGAAAUAAGCCAACAAAACAUAUAGUUAUUACAUAUCAGUGCGCUAAAUAGUUGUCAAAUCUGUUUUUGGAAUCAUCAAUGUUGCUACUAAUAUCCAAAUACAACGUUUACAUUAUAUAACAUCAUGACUUAUUCUCCCGUGGAUCAUCGAAUCAAAUUUAUUUAUCGAAUAAUGUGAGUACCUUAUCGAAAUUUGCUGAUAGAUUUAGAGAAGCACUAAACAACCUAUUUUUGAAUGUAUAUAUCCGUUGAGGCUUAGGUUAGUUCAGGCAUCCGUGAUCUAUAUUGGUCGUGGUUCAAGACGGCAGACCUGAGGCCCAUUUUGCAACCCUUUAUUUUCCACGUUGUGGAAACUUAGUCAACUAGCUAACUACUCUUCUAUAUUGUUCCCUUUUUUUGCUUAUUUUUAAGCAUUUUGAACCCAGAAUAAUUUUUUUUACUUUUUCAAUUUCUAGCUUCCUCUCGUUACAUUUUUUGCAUUUUUUUUUUCGUUGUUACUCCCCAUGUCUAAGAAAGGACGGUCAUGAUAGUGUAAUAAGUGUGGCAGUGCGAGUUCCAUACGCAGUUUCUUUUACAAGCUUCUUGGGAAUCAAUUGCGGACACGUCUUCUGGUAACCUAUCAUGCAUAAUCGUUCACGAUGUUCCCACAAUGCCCCCCUCCCAAGAACACUUUUCUACUGACCUCUCGGACAAAUAUCCUUUCGGUUAUCUUUCUAGGAAGAAUAUUGGUUAUAAUCCGCAGUAGGAAAUUUGAUCCUCAAUCAUCUUUACACGCACUGAAGCGGCAUUUACACGGAACAAACAACUGAUUGCUCAUUUCCUGAGCAUGCGUACAACCAAGCCGGAUAGUACAUUCGUUUUCAUUGAUAUCUCGCGAAGUAAUCCCAAAACGGCAUAUUCAAAUUCCAACCCGUUUUGUUGUUAAGACGUUUCGAAUAUUUUUAUUGGGACAUCCCUCUUACAACAAUAUCAGUUGAAAGGUCCACUACUGAAAUUUUAUGUUUACUUUAUACAUUUUGUUUUUGGGAAUGUUUUUGAUGGUUUUCUCUCACUCCCUGUAUAUUGUUGCUCAAAUCUUCACAAAUAUUCAGUGAUAAAAUAAUUUAAAUUUUCAUAAACGUUGUCUUUAUUUAAAGAAUACAUUUCAAUUAUAUAUGUUGGUUAUUAGUAGCAAUCUGUUUAUAUCUUCAGUAGCUUGCAUUACUACUUAGUAAACGCUUUGCCAGCAAAAAUUCGUCCUGUAGAAGAAAUUACGAUGAAAAUGAUUAAUUGUCCAAAAGUCGAUGCUGUAACAUCGGAAUUUUCUAGAAUUAAUAUAAAAUUAUAACAAUAAUAUGCAUAUUUAAUCAGAAGAAGCUUCCAGAAAAUGAAUACAACACAUAUCAGAAAAUAUAUAGAAGAAACAUAUAUAUUCAACAUAUCUAAAAUAUGAGUUUUUAGGGGAUUCAGAUGUUGUAGUAUGGCUUUUUGGUAAAUUAUUCAAUGUUAAAGUUGAAUUGUGUAAUUUUAGUUGAAUGUCUUCCUAAUGUAUGCGCCUCAGUAGGACUUAACAUAAUACAAUAGUAGACAAUGGGGUUCAUGAUAAUAUCGAUGUCAAUAACAUAGUAAAUAUGUGUUUAAUGGCAGUAAAAUACUUGCAUAUUUUUAAUAAUAUUUUCAGAUCUUCACUACAAUAUUUGUAUUUAUCUAAAGGGCGUUUAAAACAAUUAUUAUUUCUCUAACUGCCCGCUUUAUUUGCAAUCUAUAACAAUUAUUACAAUAAGCAAAUUAUGUGAAAAUACAAUACAAAUUAACCAUCUCGAAAGAAAUCCACUGAUUACUUUUUCUUACAGCUGUAAUUAAUAACUAGAUCAAUUAGGUUUGGAUAUUAGGAACACACUAGCACUCAAUAAAACCUACUAAUUAAGUCGUGAGGUUUGUGCUUUUUGAAUCUACUCUGAACUGUUGGUUGCACCAUUAGGUUACAUACCAGUGUGUUUGGGUUGAGGCUUAAACUAUUUUUAUAACUUAUGGAUAAGUUGCUUUAACCUACGAUAAUUCGUUGGACCUUCGAUUGGAACCGCUCUAAAAUUUCAAUAUUGGAGUUGGCUGCUGAUCCCCACAAUGGGAUUCCGUAGGUCACCACUUCGUUUUUUAAAGAUUAUUGGGAUUUCUUACUCCUAAUCGCAUGGCCAGGUGCAUGCCAAGAUAUUUGACAUCAUCCGGGCUUGAUUAUUUAGUGUGACUUCUGGUCAUUUGUCUUCGCGGUUGGUGAAGGUUACCUGGACUUAUUUCGAUUCGUUUGCUUUAAUGUGCCAUUUUCCCGUCUUGUUAAGAUGAAGCUGUGUCAUCUACAAAAAAAUAAAACUAAUCUUAUUAUACACUUACCCGUAUUUAAAAGUAUCAAUUAUAGUUUGGGUUUCUUAACAUCUAAAUAUUUAAGAGAUGUCAUAGGUAUAAGCUGGUAUUAAUUGAAAAUAUAUCGGAACUUUUACGUCACGACUUUAUUUAGUAGGAAUUACAGGAAUUUAUCGAUUCAUCGUAAAUGAGAAAAAGUCAUUUAUUUAUCAGUAAUCAACAAUGGAGACUUUUUAAAAAUAAAUCAGAGGUCCAAUCAAAAGUGCAUUAAGAAUACAUUAUAUUGCAAAUUUUAUAUAUUUUAAAAAAUAUAAUCUAGUUUUUUACCCACAGAUUUUUCAAUAUUGACUUCUAAAUUUCGUAAUUUUUGUAUUAUUUAAGGGGAAUUGUGAUGACAAAGAUAAUUAGAAAUACAUAAUGAAUGUGAAAUAUAUUUUCAUUCUAUCUAAUAUCAGAAUAUUUUUCUUCAAAUAUUUUUCCUAUUUGCCAUAUUUGAUGAAUUAAAUCAAGUUUUAAAGGAAAUUGAUUUGCUAUCGACAAUCUAAGGGCUCCUAGGUCGCCAAACCUAAUAGCCAGACAGACCAGCCAGUUUGACCGGACAUUUGGGUAGAAAGGCCGGGCACUCUACAUUAUUGAGGAUUUUGCCUCAUUAUUAAUAGAUACGACAAAAAAAUUGUAUGUAAAAUAAAGCUUUUGAUUAUUAUGAUAAAUCUUGUCAAGUUCUAAUGAAAUAAUAAAAUAAAAUCGAAUGCCAAUUCAGUCUUAGGUAGGCAUUUUAUUAAUAAUGAUUAAACAGUCAAAAUUAAAUUCUAGAUAUAUUAAAAUUUAAAUUCUUCUUAUGAAUGGCACAACUAAGACUGUUUUAACUGAAAAAAAAAUAAUCAAAAACUUUUUAUAUUUAAUUUAAACAAUAAAACAAAAAAAACUUCUUCUGUUUGAGUUACACAAUAAAAAUUAUUAAUUAAUUUAAAAGCUGAGUUUGUUUCAAAAUGUAUUUGUAAAAAUAUACAUCUUUUGAAUUUAAUUCUACAACCAACAUUUAGGCAACAGUGUUAACAUGUAAUCUGUUGCGUUCUUUUGUUCAUUGCUGACCUAUCAAGAAAAAAACUCUUCCAACGUUGCGUUUUGUCCUGACAUAGUAAAGUAAUACUGACGAAUAGUUAAGAAUUUUGAAAAGCAAUCUUCACUUAUCAUCGAUUUAAAAUAGGUUAUCCUAGGAUAUCUUAUGUGCUAACAGCUUCUUAAAAUCAACUUUUUCUUUUUUAGUGUUCAGAAAAGAUUCUGUAGUUGGUCAAAACAUUUGGUAUCGUCAAUUUUGACGUUGUAAUAUGAUAGGAUACAUCUUUUAAAGUCAUCCAUGUGAAUUUUUUGGUGUGUUUCUAUAAAUUUUCAGUCCAAGAUCGUAAAUAUUUUAUUGCAAUAAUAUACAUGUUUUCAAUAUCCUCUUCACCUGUGGAGAAUUUUCGUUGUUCUCUUUGAAUUUUCCAAAAUGAAAGUCACUUUCAGUAGGCAAAAGUCUUGGUCAAUCCUUGCUUUCGUGUUAUUCAUUAUCUUAGAAGAGUUUUCCAAAAUCACAUUCACAGAAACAUCAGCCUUAUCUGUAUCUUUGAUGUAGUUUUGAUAAAUAGCCAUAAAAGAAUGGCCUUUGUUAAGGUUUCUUUUUCAAAAAAAAUCUCUCAAAGUCCUGGAUGUACCUACUAUUCUUUUCGUUUUUUAGGAAAUACGACUUGGGAGUCAGCGUAUCUUUGAACGAAAAGAAUUUAUUUAAAAUGAAUGUUCAAUUCUAAACAAGUUCUUCUGUACAUAUGGUAAAUGUAGCAAAAUAACUGCGGGUGACCGAUUCUCGUAGCCUGCGCUCGGCCACGCUCGUUUGCGAAAUGUAAAAAGCCUAAGAAAAGUCGGACAAGACGGACACCGUCUAUUUUGUCCAGACACGCAAUCAAAAAGCGUACCUAUAUCCGACUUUAUUCGGAUGCUUGGCAACGCUAGACAUCCUACUUCAUUUGAAAGGAAAAAAAUGUUUUUUUUUAAUGAAUAAUCAACCUAGGGUACUGGAAAUACUCUCCUAUUAUAAAUAUUAGAUAGAUUAUUCUGCCAAUUUAGUAAAAUUUACGAUAUUAUAUCAAUCCCAUUACAUUUGUAGCUACCUAUAAUUAAAAAAUGCCACUCUUCAUCAACACCAAUGCUCUAUUUUUUCUCACUAGUUAUGUCUACGAUCCAUUAUCAAGAAACACCUACAAAUCUGUAACAUAAUCAAAUACGCUUAUUAUCUUUGGAUUAUAAAAUUAAUUCUGAAUUAUAUGAAUUCAUUCUUUUGCGUAACUUCAACCGUUGUAGUUUUGUUUAUAAAUCGAAUUAAAUUGUUUAUUGUUUUUUUAAAAAACGUUGUUUCCAAUAAAAAAAAGCACUGCUCUUCUUCUCCAUUUUUUUCCUAUUCGUUACGUUUUUUCUUGUUUUAGCUUCUUAUUUUCGUAGUGACACAAAAAAUUAAAUCCUUUUAUUUUUAGUAUCGGUGGAAGGUCGAUUAAAAAUUAAUAGCUUUAAAAACUUGAAUGUGAAAAAAACACAUGUGACAAGUAUAUUAAAAAUAUUUGAAGAAAAACGUAAUAGACCGAACGGCAUGUUAAAAAUUUUUGGAAUUAUAACAGAACUAAAUAAAGAGAUUGCAAAUUAUUCACUAAUUUCGUAUACUUGAUACAAAUAUAAAUGAAUUUUUUGAAAAUAUUGUUAAAAUGUAUGGUGUAAGCAGCUUCUUUUUAAAACAAUUGUCUUCGACCUACUUGCUCUGCGUUAUUGUGAAAUAGUCUAAUGAGACAUAAAUAGUUAGUUCAUAUCAAAAUAGUAUUAAAUGUGUAAACUAGGAUUUUAAUUUUUUUUGACAUUCAAUUUUGCAAUUAUUUUGAAAUUGGAUGCAUUGUUUUUUAUAAACGAACACUAACUUUCACUUCCCAAAAUAUAUUGAAAAUAAUUGCAAAUUACUUAGAUUUAGUGCCAAUUUAGAAAAAUCAAUUGUUAGAUAUUUGUUGUACCAACCAAAUAAUGUAAGAAGAGAAGUAUUUUGAGUAUUAUAAGACUUAUACUUGAGACCAUUUACAAGAACAAAAAUUGGUAAUACCUAUAUGGACAUCAAGUAGAAAUUUUCCUAUUUCAAAUGGUAUUCCAAAUUGAUCUCAGUCAAUUGUACUUAAUUUUGUAAUAGGUUAAGUGAAAAAUAAAGUAAAUACCAAAAGCCUAUAAGGUCUUACAUUAACCUUUUAAUACUAACAUGAAGUUUUUAACAUCGAUGUAAAGGUAGGAUGUUCUAUAAGCCGAAAAUGCUUGUAGGUACAAUCUAUAAUUUUAUUAUUCCUUUGUCAAAACUACAUUAAAAACCUCAGUAAAUUCAAAUUGAGCUUCUUCUAGGAGUUAUAUUUAGUAUAAAAUAAUGUAUUCAUUACACAUUGCUCUAAUAAGUUUAAUACAUCAGAAUUUGCUAAAUUGAACACAUACAUAUAUUAUUUUUGUAAUUUUUUCAUGCUACAGUAGUCGUAAAGACUUUCUUGACUUUGAACAUACAGUUCUCUUUUCGCAGAUCUCUUUUUAUCUGUUUCAAAAGUGAAAUGUUAUACGUUCUUUCAUUCGUUCUUUUACAGAUAAACGAUCCAUUGCGACUUCCAAUAAAUUUCAACAAUAAUAAUUUAUUGUAUUAUUUUCUUCUUCGGCGGAGAUAACGCAAUUGUAGCUAGGCUAAAACUCUAGCAUUUGGGUAUAGGGAACAUUCGAUAAAAAAUGUAUAAAGUAUUUCUUAGGGAUUUCGAAAAGCGAACAAUAUACAUAGUAGUGAUCUAUUUGAAAUAAUAAAUUUCAUUAUUUUUCCAGAAAAAAGGAAAAA